AUGUCCAGACGUAUCCCACUGUUCGACGGACACGUCAUACUCACCAUCAAGAGGACCCCUCUCACUUUAGAUGAAGCCACUCAUACUCUUUACAAUCGAGCCAUUACCGACCCAACCUCCCUUACAGACCAAGAGCGAAGAACAAUCACCCGCCGCCCACCCCCGGAAGAGGAGGACGCUCUCUGUCGCAGGGCCUGUGGACAAAGCCUCUCUGAACUAGUCAGAAAGGCCAUCCAGAACGGAGACUCCCUAACGUACAAAGAAUCCGUCAUACUAGCCACUGGCGUCGAUUCCAGCGAAAAUGAGAGACUCUGGCGUGAAGCGGCACGGCUCAGUGCUGCCGAUCGCGAACUCCUGGAGAGAGCCAUGACCGCCGCCACCACAGAGGAGAUGAAACGCGCGCGGGAGAGCGCCCAUGCCAUCAUGAAAAGAUGGGUAGUCGCGCAGUGCGAGGCGGAGAAAUCCCUGAGUGACCAUGAUGUCCGGAAUAUCCAGUUUGCUUUGCGUGUGCCGUGGCAGGAGCAUAUUCUAUCUCUGAACCAGAUGGCGGUCUGUGGCCUUCUGGUCUUCUUUCCGAAAAAUGUGCCCGAAUGGCCGUCGUUCAAGGAACGUAUCGAAACGGCUGUUUAUCAUGGACUACAUUUUCGGCCGCGGGCUAUGAACGAGGAGGUCCUGGCGAAGUUUACUCUUCAUUACGUGGAGUCUGGUAUUAUCGAUAAUGAUGGCAACAAUGUUGCUGCUCUUCAAUCUCGGUUUCUUUCCAUGCGGGAUGGAGGCGAGUUGCCCGAGGGCCUGCGAUUGGAUGCCUUUCUGUAUGUGGAUGAGGAAGCUAUACGAUCUGGUGAUACUGUGAGACCAUUUGUUUGGCUUUUGGAACCAGGCGAGACGGCGAGACCACUCAAGGUGCAUAUUAAACACAUUGCGCCGACGUUGUUUGCUCGUCUUACGCAGCGAGAUCUUUCUCCGCCAGAAGCAAGACGUUGGCCGUAUCGCCAUACGUCUGAGCUGGAGAUGCUUCACACAGCGGCGGCUCGGUCGAAGGAUGCAAACGGGGUAGCAGAUGGGAUUUGGCCGCCACGUGCUCGCGAUAUGUGA